AAUAAGCAUCCUUGGGUGCGUGUGCCCAUUUUUACUUGGCAAAAAAAAAAAGUAUAAGGAAUCAUCAAUAAGUUUAUGAUUACAAAACCGUUUUUAAUAUUAUAAAAUUUAGAAUUCAAGAAAUCAUUUUUUCACUUAGUGUGAAAAAUCCCAGGAAUCUUGCGUACUAUUUAUAAAUAUGUACUUGUUUUGCCAGAUAAAAUUAAACUCUAGUAUUCAAUUUCACAACCAAUUUUCUUGAAUUUUUCCCAGCUAUGUCAUCAAUGGAAAGAAAGGAUAAGGAGAAAGAAAUAGUAGAUUUCUUCUUGGAGGAUGAUGAAGAGAUACUAGAAGUGAACAUGUUUGAGGUUGGUAGCCACAGUUGCAAUGGUGGCACAAUCAGUAGCACCACCAAAGUAGAGGCUGUGAAUGGUGUACUAUGUGGCAUUUUCUCUUCUAAGCAUUGGUUGCAGUGUUUGAAGUUUCUUGGACUAAGCAAGAGUAAGUUAAACCAGGAUAUAAAGUCCCCUUUGUUGUCAAAUUAUGAAAAGGAGGAAGACUUGAACAAGUUCUCAACCAUACAACUAUUCUCAAAAGCUUCUUUUUCUGAUAAUGAAUCACCCAUUCCUCAUGGAUGUAGCUUCACAGAAACUAUCUUCAAUUUGGUUAAUGUAUUCCUGGGAAUUGCUCUGCUUUCUAUACCUUAUACUGUGAAAGAAGCUGGUUGGGCAAGUUUGGUAGUAUUGGCUGUUUUUGCAAUUUUGUGCUGUUACACAGCCAAUCUAAUGAGGCAUUGCUUUGAGAGCAACGAAAGCAUCAUAACCUCACCAGACAUGGGAGAAGCUGCUUUCGGGAUAUAUGGACGUCUUAUUAUAUCUAUUAUUCUAUAUAUGGAGUUAUAUUCAUAUUGUGUGGAAGUUAUUAUUUUAGAGGGUGACAAUCUUAGUAGCCUAUUUCCUGGAACAUCUUUGGACUUGGGAGUCUUUUAUCUUGACUCUAUGCACUUUUUUGGAAUUCUAACUAGCAUUAUUGUUUUGCCAACUGUUUGGUUAAAAGAUAUUCGCAUCCUCUCAUACCUUUCAGCUGGAGGCAUUAUAGCAACAAUUUUGAUUUUUUUUUGUGUGCUUUCACUUGGCAUACAACUUGGAUUUCAUGAAACUAGUCCUUUUGUGAAAUGGAGUGGCAUUCCAUUUGCAAUUGGUGUUAAUGGGUUCUGUUAUGGUGGGCACAUAGUUCUUCCUAACAUCUAUCAAUCAAUGGCGGACAAAAGCCAAUUCACCAAGGCAGUAACAAUAAGCUUUAUUUUGAGCUUUUUCAUUUAUGGAGGAGUUGCAGUGAUGGGAUUUCUCUUGUUUGGUGAAGAUACAUUAUCUCAGAUAACAUUGAAUAUGCCACCAGAUGCCCUCAUUUCAAAAGUUGCCUUGUGGACUACAGUUAUCAACCCACUCACCAAGUAUGCGUUGUUGAUGAAACCACUGGCUGAGGGCAUAGAGGGGCUAUUGCCGCAUCGAAUAUCAAAUACUUGGAGCUUCAUUUUUAUAAGAACUACAAUUGUCUUCUCUUGUACUUGUGUGGCUUUUCUUCUUCCUUUUUUCGGUCUUGUGAUGGCUUUAAUUGGUUCUAUCAUUGCUCUAAUUUCGGCAUUAAUAUUUCCAUCUUUAUGCUUUAUAAGGAUCAACGGAGAUAAAGCAACAAGAACACAGAUACUUUUGAGCACCACUGUUGCUUUAUUUGGAAUCAUUUGUGCAAUUCUUGGAGCAUACACUUCUUUGUCAGAAAUUGUCAAGCAGUAUUAAAUAAAAUUUAUAUUAUUUAAAUGGAUUUCUUUAUCCUUUAGCAGGAAACUGAAUCUUUUGAUGUGGAAGUUGAAGUUCAUUAAUUUUAUUAUAUAUUAGCCUUCAAGGAAUUGUAUUGAACAUGGAUUUUCCUUCAUGUAAAACCAGAUUGUAACAGUGCUGAGUAUUGUCUAGCUCAAAAAGCUUCUCUUUCUUUCUUUACAUGGGACUCACUACAAUCAACAAUUGUACAUGUAUCAUUUUAUGAUAUAAUUUUUCUCCAACUAUACUUUGAA